CGUCUCUACUCCUCCUCUCCAUCUUGUGCAUACCGGCUGUUUCCUCCCCCCUCUUUCUCUCAGUCUCCGUGCUGUAGCCCUGCUGUGCAGUCCUCACAGCCCUCUGUUGUAGCACCAAAGGGAGGAGGAGCCACCGGCACACACACACCAGACACUCACACAGACAUACACACUCUCACAUCAUCUCUUCUGCACACUCACUGUAAGCACCAGCCAGGCCCGUUUGGAGCAGGGGAGCCCAGCCGUCUCGUCGCCCAAGAUGGAUGUACUGAUGAAGGGGUUCUCCAUGGCCAAGGAUGGUGUGGUGGCCGCCGCAGAGAAGACCAAAGCCGGCAUGGAGGAGGCAGCUGCCAAGACCAAGGAAGGGGUGAUGUAUGUAGGCAGUAAGACAAAGGAGGGAGUUGUGUCAUCAGUAAACACAGUGGCCAACAGGACCGUAGAUCAGACCAACAUCGUUGGAGACGCAGCGGCGGCCGGGGCCAACGAAGUGUCACAGGCGAGCGGGGAGGGGGUCGAGAACGUCGGCGCGUCGACUGGGAUGAUCAACCAGGAGGAGCCUGUAUACGAGGGAGAAUAUGGAGGAAUGGAGCAGGGUGGGGAUGGAGGAGAGGGGUAUUAGUCGUCUUCAGGACCUCCCCUCCCGUGCUCUCCAGUGGUUCCUUGCUCCCCUCGCCUCGCUGUACCAGACUCCAGAUGUUCAACAUAUUUUUUUGUGACUUUACAGAACCAAAAUCAACUAAAACAGACUCUUCCGGAUGCCGCACCUCAGCACCUAUCUCCCCCUCUGCCUCCCCCCCCAGCAGCAGCCCUCUGCCACCUGUCCUCACCCCAUCUCCUCCCUUCUGAUUUUCUGCAGCCUGUAGCUUUUCCUCCACUGCCGUCUUACCCUCGCCAAACCUGUGUGUUAGUGUCGUCCUGAUAUGAACCCUGGUGUUGUUACAGUCCCCCACGCCUACCAACCAAUAGGGAAACCUCACACACAAACACACAUGUACACACAAACA